UAUGCGCAUGCGUGGGUUACUGGUUACCUGGGAAACAGCGAAGGGGGCGUGGUCGACCACGUGGUGGCAGCGGUGAUCGUGAGUCGGGGAGAUGGCUGCCGCUGAGCCGUUGGAGGAUGGAAACGUUCUCCAGAGCUUCUGGGGACUCGCGUCCACGGACGAUAAAGAGAGGAUAGACUCGGCUCGUGACCUCCUGACGGCGCUAUCCAACAAACAAGAAGAGAUUGGCGAGGAAGCAGUGGCACCUGACAUUCGUUACUCUCUCCAGCGGCUAGUGCGGGGACUGGCCUCGGGGAGAAAGAGAGCGAGACAAGGCUUCUUUGUGGCUCUGACAGAGUUGCUGGCAAUGUGUGAGGAGGUUACGGUGGAAGAGGUUUUGAAACUAGUCGACACACAUCUUCAGCCCCACAAGGGAAUCAGGGGAACCGAGGAAAAAGGUGUCUAUUUUGGCCGUUUCUUUGCACUAUCUGCCAUCUUUCUCUCUGGAAGACUAACACUAGAGGAAGAGGUUUUGGAAGUGACCAGGCAGUUUGGAGCCAUUGCUGCCAAGAAAUCUUUCAUGAGCGAGAUGUGUGCCGUUGCCAUUGGCAACCUGGUCGAAAACGCACGUUUCCAUAGCAACGGCGGAGGAGAUUUGAGGCUGGAGGUUGUGAGGGAGGGGUGGGGUGGAGUGGGGGAGGGGUGGUUGGGGUGUACUCCGGAGCGACUCUACCUCGUACUCCGACUGGACAAGAUACUCCGCGGGGAGUCUUGGUGGGCGGAGCUUAUUAGGAGCAAGUGGAGUGACGCGGACUAUGACAUCAUCACCAGCAGUCAAUUGGACUCCGUUGCAUCCAUCUUAGAGGCCUCAUGUGGCUCUCGUUCAGGUCUCCAUUCGGUGUGGCCACGUGUGAUUGACGUUGUCAGAGACACUCCUCUCUUUCACCAGUUCUGGCAGAAGAUAGUAGAAGAAACAUUACUCUCUUCAACCCACAAGAAACAGUUAGUGGCACUAAAUGUUCUCGAGUCCCUGAUCAUGCCUACAAUCACGGAAUAUGAGGUUGCCGUGGUUUUCAGUGCUGGUAUUGUCCGCCGUAUUCUAAAUAAUGCCGCCUCCCCGAGCAGCCCUCUACAUGCCUCCAUCCAAAAACUGCUUACUACCGUAUCGUCUGCCGAUAAACCAGUCGACACUCGUGUAGCUCUCUUUGUCCAUAUACAAUACAGAAGUGGUGGAAGAUUUGAUGCUCUAACGAAAACCGAAACCACGAGACGUUUACUGUCCUCCCUGGAUCGAGGAGGGGUAGACCGCCUCAUUUCUAAAUUGGAAGAAAUUUUUCGUUCUCCAGAGAUUCUGUCAGUUCAUUAUGACAGUGACGACCCCUUGAGUGAACCCCACAUGGUGCAGACGUGGGUUGGAGAUCAGUUUCUGGCCAUUGUGAAGAACAAGUCGCUCCCAAAGAGCAGCAAUUCGCUCCUCGAUGUUGCGAAACUUCUCCUCUGCCACGCCCACUAUUCGUCGUCCUCGGACCAGCUCCAAAUUGCAGCUGUCGAGCCGCAGGUUCAACGGUUGUGCUCCACACGCCUCAUGGGGGUACUGGCCGAACUUUGCACUCUGACCACACCCACAAAACCUACCAAGAAAGCAGGUGAGGGAGAGGAGAGAAAGAGACAGAGACAGCCAGGGAGGAUGGAGGAGACUGGCUGGCACUAUCUGGUGUCCCUUGUCCUGUACGCUCAGCAGCUGCCAUCACAUCCUCUUCAGAAUAAGGCUUUAGCAGCCUGGGAGUAUGUGGGGAGUGUGCUGAGUGAAAUGGAGGAGAGGGGUGACGGUGGGCUUCAAUUGGAAGAGAGCGCCUUCCAGCUUCUGUUUGCAGCUGUUGGUCUGGAGCUGUUGAGAGAUCCACAGUCCGCAACUGAGACUGUUGAGGACCUCAGACAGUGUUACGAAGACAUGAAGCAAGAGAUGGUGAAACAGGCAAAGCCGCAAACCAACGAAACUCCUCGCAAGAAGAAAGCCGAAGAGAAGAAGGAGGAAGAUGAUGAGAGUGAAAGUUCGGCGGGGUGGGUGGAGGUUCUGGUGGACCUGCUGCUGGGACUGGAGUCGCGUCAGUCUCAGUUGUGGAGGAGUGUGGUGGAGCAGGUGUUCAGGGGGAUCGUCCACAGAAUCACUCCUGGAGCUGUGCAACUUAUUGCUAACGUGUUGAGGCCGCAAAAGAAGGAGGAACUGAUGGAGAAGGAAGGAGAGAGUGAGGAAGAGAGGAGGAGGAGGAGGAGGAGGAGAGUGGGUCAGAAGAAGAAGUUGAUCCUAAACUCAGAGAAGACGUAAUGAAGGCUCUCGGGAGUGUGGCCGUCCAAUCGGAGGAUGAGAGUGAUGUGUCAAUGAGCGAUGGAGAAAUGGAGCGAAUCGACAAAGCUCUCUCGGAGGCCUUUCGCAGCAGAAUGCAGGAAAAAUCCAGCAAGAAAGAUGAAGCAAAGUCUGUAGUUCAUUUCAAGUUGAGGGUACUGGAUCUGGUCCAGGUCCUACUGCAACGUCUCCAUUCCAGUCCAGUCAUACUGGAGCUGAUUCUUCCUCUGUAUCACAUGAUGCGAUCGGCUCGGAACAAGCCAGACCACGCCCCCCUCGUUAGCAGGGCGGUGCCACUGUUCUGCAACCGACUCUGCCGCUCCAGAAAGAUUCCCAAGGAAGAAUUAGAUGAGAGAAAUAUACAUUCAAUAUUGCAGCAAAUGAUCCAGUGCCUUUAUAAAGACAAUGACAAGCAGAGUGCUCGACUUCUCACGGAGGGAAUUCUGUUUCUGAUGAAAGUUCUCAUCUCUUUGCCCCCGCCCCCUCCCCCCAUCUCCCCACUCACCACACGCUCCGGUCGCAAGAGAAAGAGAGAACUACAGGAGACUGCCCCUGCAUUGUUUGGGUCGUUAGAUGUUGCCACGGUGACCGGAUGGCUAUCAGACGCACUCCAUGACUACCUCGUCAAGAAAAAUUCACUUGUCCAUCUUCAAGUUUUCUUUCCAAUCUUUGAACGAUAUCCGGCGUUGGCAUGGCGACUGGUGGAGAGGAUGCUAGCUGACUUACCCAAUGCGGGGAACAGGUUCAGAAAGGUCAGUUUUCACUGGAAGCAACUUGAAUAUUGUAGAAACCUUAAAAUGAGAAUUCCAGCCAUUCUCAAAAUUGCAACGUUUUUUUGUGACUAUGAGAUGAUGCCUGUUUGCUCUGAUCCAGCUACAAGGGCUGGAGCUGUUAUGCAGACUUCUGGGUACGAAGAUCAGUGAAAAGGUUAAAAAAAUUCUCUACAACUGUGCAGAAAAAUUUGCACUUGUUAGAGAUAGUUUUGUGUGGGUAACGUCAAAUUUUCACUGUUCAUUCAGUGAAAUUUUUGAGGCAAUAGACUAUAUUUGCUCACAAAGUUUUCGCCUGUCGAUGAAUUAACAACAGGAGUUUGUGAUGGUUGCCCUGCCCUGUGUCGGUGGUGUGGCGUCUUUCUGCCGGACAGAGCUCUCGGACUGGCUCGAGAAACCCGACAAACUGGUAAAACAGGUUCUCAAGCUGGUUUCAAAGCUGGCAACCUCUCUCAAGGAACACAAUCAGUGGAGUGAGUCCUGGCAAGAAUCUCUAAUUGGAGCCCUCCAUCACCACCCCGUCUCCAACAGUGAGAGGAGUGAGGGUGUGGGGACAGUGAGGGGUGGAGAGGGGACGAGGAGGGAGUGGGAGAAGGUGAGGGAGGAACUGGAGGCAGAAGAGGUCGAGGAAGGAGCUGCUAAGAAAAGAAAAAGAGGUCCUCGCAAGAGAACCAAAAAUAAAAAAUAAAAGUUUUAUGUUUUAUAUAGAUUGUCUUUUUUUGGAAAAACUUUUUGUGAAAUUGAAAAUUCUAAGUGGACUGCUGAAUGAAUGUCAUGUGACGAUCAGGUGAUCAUUUCUUGAGACGUCGUCGCAAGAAUCGGUGUUUUUUUCUCCACUUCUUGUACUUGUGUUGGUUCAUCUUCCGUCGCCGCUUUUUCAGUACACUGCUGGUCUCCAUCUCCGUUGGCAACAGUGUGGGGGCGGGGCAACCUGCAGGAUGAUGUCAUGAUGAUACACCUACCUUUGUAAGUGAGAGCUGUUGUCGUGGAGAUGCAAGUGGGUGUGUAUGUUGCCAUGGUAAUAGAGAAUGGACUAAACACUAAUCUCAGUAGGGGUUUCUCAGUCGGAACAUGAGAGUCCAAAGCUCGGGAACAGUCAUCUUUGCCUCCCAGGCUCAGAUACGGAUAACAGACGGAGGUGGGCAUAUGGACACGUGAGUCCUUGCUGCUCACGUGAGCCCUGAAGACGAGGCUGCAGAGGGAGCGGGUUCUUGCAAGUUGCGCAAAAUUCGACGGCUCCGUGAUGUUUGUUCUGACGUGUAGCCAUCGCUGGAUGAUGAUACCGCACACUCUACACGACGACAUAGCCUUAGCGUGCUUCUCUUCAGUG